AUGAACUUCAACUUGGUUCCAUCUUCCAGUAACGAGCUUGAAGCUGAAGCUUCAUGCAAACUCCCCUCCACGCCUCCUCACUCUUGUUAUCUUCCCACUGCUGGAACUCCCAGCCAAUAUUCGAGUUCUACUCCAAGCUCUCCCUCAUUAGUUUCUGCAACAGGAUCAGCAGCCAACGACACAGAUGACGAUAUAUUCCCUUUGACACCCAAUUCGAAGAGUUCGCUCCGUGACCUCAACAGUCCGUUUAACGGAGUUGAGCUGCGGACUCCAAGUUCUCCUCAGAGCAAACACUGCGAUCCUCCCCGUUGGACCACACGAUUUGAAGACCAACAUAUUUUUAAUCGAUUGGUAGGCAGACCUUUCGAAGUUGAUGAUUCAUCGGGCACCAUCAACGAGAAUGCUAGGGAUACAUAUUUGAAGAUUCUGGGAGAACUUGGCACAAACUCCUUUCUUUGUGCUGUUCAAUACCUGGAAGCAGUUCGUGAACGCUGUCGCAUGAACUACCAUGCCGCGUGCUGGGAAGUCUCGGAAUUCGAGAGGGGGAAAGCUCUUGCUCGCUCCAUGUGUGAAGAUUCAAAACGCGACUUCUCGAAGGCCGAGCAAGAAGUGCAGUAUUUAAUGGAAAUUUUUCAUCAACGCCUGUCAUUGUCCCGUCAUGGCGCCUUAGGUAGUUUUUGUCCCACUGAAGUCCGCGACAGUAUCAGGACUUCUAUUCGUCGAACGGAUGCUGUACUCGGCAUCCUAAAUGAUGCCAAAGAGAUGCGCUCUGCGGAUAGCUGGUAUGUGCUACCUUAG